AUUAAGAUGUCGCUAAUUCCAACCUUCUUUGGUAGCCGCCGAAGCAACAUCUCAAACCAAUUCUCACUCGAGAUUUGGGACCCUUUUAAGGAUUUUCCAUUCUCAUCAAAAUCUCAGUUUGCAAAAGAAAAUUCUACUUUGGUUAACAACCGUGUGGAUUGGAAGGAGACUCGAGAAUCCCAUGUGUUCAAAGCUGAUCUUCCUAGGCUCAACAAAGAGGAAGUGAAGGUUGAAGUUGAAGAUGACAGAGUGCUCCAAAUAAGUGAAGAGAGGAAAAUGGAGAAGGAAGAGAAGAAAGACACGUGGCAUAGAGUGGAGCGCAGCAGCGGCAAGUUCUUGAGGAGGUUUAGGCUUCCUGAAAAUGCAAAAAUGGAUCAGAUUAAGGCUUCCAUGGAGAAUGGUGUUCUCACUGUGAUUGUUCCUAAGGUGGAGGUGAAGAACCCUGAUGUCAAAUCCAUUGAGAUUUUUGGCUAA